UCUCUCUCUCUACAUUUAAUAUCCUCUGCUCUGUGUCACCCCCUCCAAUGCCCAAAAUUUUCAUACAAAAGGAAAUUAUCUUUCAUUCUCUCCGUCACCAAAUUAUACCUCUGAUUCCUCAAAAUACUCACACACAUUCUCUCUCUCUCUCUCUCUCUCUCUCUCUCUCUCUCUCUCUCUCUCUCUCUCUCUCUCUCUCCAUCCUUUAUUAUGGCAUUAAAUCUACAACCCUAGCUACUCUAUUCCCUCCCUUUGACAACUUAAUGGGAAGUAGCAAACAAAAUCAUAACCCACUCAUGACCUAAUCACUACUACUACUACUCCUCUCUACUUCUAUUUAUCCCCCUCCACUUUAUUCUCCAAAAUUAACCCUUUGAUAACUCUAGCAAUGGCCACGACUAGUGCAGAUAUUUACCCUGACCUCUCUCUUCAGAUCAGCCCACCUUCAGUUUCCCUUUCUUCGACUGACUCCGGCAGCAGCGGUAGCGAUACCGGGCACGUUCCUGUGCCCGGUGAGCCCAUGCUGAGCCUAUGCCUAGACUCAAUGGAACAAGUUAAUCAUCAUCAUCAUCAACAACAACAGCAAAAUAAUCAUCUUCACCAUCCUCAGAUCUAUGGAUUGAAGAGGAGUUCUCGAUCAUCGAUGAAACGGAGCGUUCGGGCUCCGAGGAUGCGGUGGACUACUACUCUCCAUGCUCACUUUGUCCACGCUGUUGAGCUCCUUGGCGGCCAUGAGAGGGCGACGCCAAAGUCGGUGUUGGAGCUGAUGAACGUGAAGGAUCUGACGCUGGCUCACGUUAAGAGUCACUUGCAGAUGUAUAGAACAGUGAAGAGUACUGACAAAACAGCAGCUGCAGCUGCAGGACAAGGGCUAAAGGAUGCUGUGGGUUUGAACCAGAUUCAGAGGAUUGGAUCAGAUCAAGUGGAGGAAAUUGUGCAGACAACUGAGCAAGCUGCAGGAGUCAAUGUUGAUCAUCCAUAUUCUCUGAGUAUACCAACUCCACUUACACCUCCACUGCCCAGAUCCCCUAGCUGGCCUUACUCAUCCAUGGAAGACAAUGAUUGGAAUUCAUUGAUGAUACAGAAGACAUCAUCACCGUCCAAUAUUAGAUGCGAAGCAUAUCUAGUGAAAGGAAAAAGGGCCGAUGAAGGAGCUCUCCAUUCAUCACCAAGAGAAAGUGAAGAAGGCACUGGGCUAAGCUUGUCCCCAUCGUCACAUUUUGAAUCAAGCAUGCUUGCAGAUUUACCUAACCUUGAAUUUACUUUAGGAAGGCAAAGUUGGCAGAUGGAGUGUCAAGAAUCCUCAGAAUUAACCCUACUCAAAUGUUUGUAAACCUAAUGAAGAUCAGCAAAGCAAGCAUUCACUUUUGGUUUCCUUAUGAAAGAGAUCGAAGCUUCCUGAAGCUGGGAGAUUGAAAUUUGGUUAACAUUAGUGCUUUGCUCAUAACAAAAGGAUGACAGAAUCUAAAAAGAGUAGCUCAAAUAAUUCAUGAUAUCUAGCCCUUUAUGUGGAUUUUCAAAUGUGCAAAUUUUUGUUCAGGCAUUUGCAAAGUGAAAGUUAGUAAAUAUCUGCUAAGCUUCAAGGAGA